AGGAGGCGGCAGUGGUGGAAGGUAGGGUCGAGAUCAGGGGAACUGCAGCAUUUAGUCAUCUACACUCGCUGCCCGCUCCUUGCUGGAACGGCUGGCCUUUUACUUCCGACGCCAGCCAUGAAUAUCGUCGCAGAGUUUUUCGUUGUCACUUUCAAAGUGCUUUGGGCUUUCGUAUUGGCCGCGGCGCGAUGGCUGAUCAAGCCCAAGGAGAAGAGUGUGUGCGAUCAGGUGUGCCUGAUCACGGGAGCCGGCAGCGGGCUCGGCAGGCUCUUCGCGCUGGAGUUUGCCGAGAGGAAAGCCAGCUUAGUGCUGUGGGACAUCAACCAGGAAAGUAACGAAGAGACUGCUGAGAAGGUCCGGCAGCUGGGCGCCCGAGUGUACACUUACACUUGCGACGUGAGUAAAAGGGACAGCGUUUACCGGACGGCCGACUUGGUGAGGAGAGAGAUCGGAGAUGUGACGGUGCUGGUCAAUAACGCAGGUGUGGUGUCCGGGCAUCAUCUUCUCGAAUGUCCGGAUGAACUUAUCGAGAGGACCAUGAUGGUCAACUGCCACGCUCACUUUUGGACUGCCAAGGCAUUUCUUCCCAAGAUGCUGGAAAUGAACCAUGGACAUAUCGUGACAGUGGCAAGUUCCCUAGGGUUGUUCAGCACUGCUGGUAUUGAGGAUUACUGUGCAAGCAAAUUUGGAGCAAUAGGAUUUCAUGAAUCCUUAAGCCAUGAGCUGAAGGCAUCUGACAAAGAUGGGAUCAAGAUGACACUUGUCUGUCCAUAUUUAGUGGACACAGGCAUGUUUCGUGGCUGCAGAAUAAGGAAAGAAUUUGAGCCCUUCCUUCCACCUUUGAAACCAGAGUACUGUGUGAAAGAAGCUAUGAGAGCCAUCCUCACAGACCAACCAAUGAUUUGUACACCUCGGCUAAUGUAUACUGUAACAUUCAUGAAAAGCAUUAUGCCAUGGGAAGCUGUCGUCUGUAUGUACCGUUUUUUGGGAGCAGAUAAGUGCAUGUAUCCAUUUAUUGCUGAGAGAAAACAGGCUUUGAACAACAAUGAAGCCAAAAAUGAAAUCUAAAGUAAAACUGCUUGCUACAUCCAGCGCUGGGACCCCUCACAGAAGUGCAUGCAACAUUUGACUCGUCAACAUCUCCAUACAAUUCAGAAAGUGUUUGCAGUGACUACGUUUGAGUCAUGCACUCUUGGCAAAUAGCUGUGAAGCUUUAGCUGUCCAUGAUCACGUGGAUAAAGCAGUUAAUACUUUACCUGUGUAUUGAACAAGUCACAAGAUAAAUGUAUUAUGCCAAUCAUUUUGUAUAAUUUUUCUAGUGGUUAGACUUGCACACAUUUUAAUGCCAACUGAGCAAAGUAAGAUAUGAUGUUUUUAACAUUUGACUUUUACUCAGCAAUGCCAUUUUGUGUUUGCUGUUAGAGCUGUAUUUAUGUGAUAUUCAACUAGAGGUGUAGAUAAGUGCAGUACUUUAUAAAAUUCCUGUUACUAUAACUUUUUAAAUAGUGAAUGCACUGUAAUUAUUGACUUCUCCCACAGUCCACUGCAAGUACUUCUGUAAAUCUUAGAAUUACCGCUACAAUGGAAUAUUCAGUUACUUUCUCUCAAACUGCAAAUUUCUCCAAAUGGAUCUUACAGUUUAAAAUUGCGGAACGUGUUCCUAUUCAGCAUUGGAAUACUUUUUUUUAGGAAAAUCUCUCAUUGGUGUGCCUUUUGAAACUAGUUUAAAUGUCCUAUUUUCUGUGGAUUAGUGGUCCAUUUUUUUUAAAGCCUGAAAUUUCUACCUCCUUUGUAUAUCUAUUUGAAUAACACCUAAAUUUGUUUAUCAGAAGUUCUAAAAGUAAUGUCUUCUGUACAUCUUUGUGAUCACUUUAUACAUAGGUCAAUAACUAGUCUUAAGUUUUUUUAAGUAAUAUAGUUAAUGUAAAGAAUUUUUAAUUAAAAUGCCAAUUAAAUGCAAAAGAUGUGCACGAUGUUUAUGAUGCUUGGUAUUGGAGAAACAAUAUUUGAAUUUGAAUGAGUCUCCAACAUAAAUUUCAGCCAUACAUGUUGGGUGACCUAUUGGUUACAUUAGCUAGACUGUGCCUUUCCCAACAUUUUAAAUACAUCUCUUUGAGCUUUGAGAACUUGUACCCAAAUAUAGUCCCCCAAAAGACACUACCACUGAAAUUAAUAACUACCACCGUUUUCCAAAUGAUCACUGCACUGAAAGAAUUCAUGAAGUUUUUCUUAAGCCAAGAAUCUACUGGGCUUAUUGAAACCCUUAUGACUUUUUUCUCUUUUUCUCUCAAUCCUUUCAAAAUUGAAAAUCUUAAUGGGAGCAAUGUGCAGAUUUCUCCAGCUUAUGGUGUUCAGAGUUAACGUGUUAGAAACUUCAUACAACUGCAUUGGACUCCUGGCCACAUUUCUGUUGCCAUGUUGGGGGAAUUAUUUUCCUUCCCACCUAUGAUCUUGCCUAGACUACAGAACCUUUUUGUGGAAGAUGAUGUAAGAUUUCAUGAAGCUCAAGUUUUUGGGCAAGGUACAGUCCAAUAAGGAAAUAGGUUAGGCACUCAUGCUAUUUGGCUGCUAUAAUGGAUACUUUUAGUUUGAAAAUUUGUUACAAUAAAAUGCAUUGACAGACAAAUUUAUUUAUCUUUGGAACAACACUGAUUAUGUGGACAAUAUGAGGACAAGCUAUGAAAGGAUGGGACAGAGUAGAUAGAAACUGUUCAGUAGUUGAGAUCAAGAACAAGAAUCUAUAGAUACAUGAUUGAAUGUAGCAGAUUUAAAACUGAGGGCAGGGGAAUCUUUAUGUAGUUGGAAUUCACUUCCAGGGUUAGUAACUGAGGCACUGGGUAAAUUGUUCUCAAAUGGAGGGUAAGUGGUGACACUGAGUGGUUGGGCUGAACAGCCUGUAACUUCUAUGUACAUGCCUUCAGGCUGGAUAAGCUAAGAAAAAUCUACAUGCUGUAUUAUAACUUGAUUUUGUUUUAAACUUUUAAGCCUUUAAAUUUAGCAGCUGUAAUUAUAGUACAUGGAAGAAAGGGAGUGGAGUCCAUUAGUUCAAUCUAAAACUCUAACAAAGCUUUUACUAUCUAUAAUGAAUAAUGGAGGAAAGGUGAGUUUGUACAUGAGUGUUGAAUCUCUGGGUUGGGUUAAUUACUGUCAUAGCCAAUCUUUGUCUAGAUACUGAAAUACCAUAAUAAAAUUAACUAUUAAGGAAGGAAAUGCUGAUGUUUUCUGAUCUGUUUUGAUUAGAUGUACAGUUGCUGCAAUGCAUAGUUACAUGAGCAUUAGAGUCUUGGGGAUGAAAUGGGUAUAUGUUAGGUACACUUAAGUCCUCACUUGAAGUUGUAGCUUCAUUCCUGAAAAUCAUGACUUUAAGUGAAUCAUGGGUUCCUAUAGGAAUCAAUGUUAAAGCCGGAGUUAGGUUCCUUUGGACAUUCCUCGCCCUGAAAAACCAAUGUACAAGUUGAAAUACUGUACCGUACAUGUGCAGCACUGAGCAUUCCUAGCUGGAAUAACUUGCAAAAUAAAUCACUGAAUAUAAAAGAAGUACUGUAUAAAUUCUAAUUGGAUAACACUUGCCAGCCUCUCUCUUAGACAGUCUCUUGGAGUCAAGGAAGACAUGCUUCCACUCUGUGCAUUGGAUUUACCAGUCAUUUCAGAACCCAGCUAGCCAAUCUCCAGACUCUGCCAUGUGUGGGCAGGUGUUGUUUGGAGGAUCAGUUAGAUGAGUUGCUUGGAGGUUUUUGCACUCUCUGCUACCUUGACUUGGCAUCCGCAUGUUCCUGACCUUGGGUGGAAUUUUACGCUGGGGGAUUUUUACGGUCCCACCAAAGCUGAGUUUUGAACAGCUCGCUGCAUUUUAUGGCCCCACCCCGCCAUCACAGCCGCGCCAUAAGAUUCUGCUCCGAAUCGUUUCGGUGCCUUGCCAGAUGAGCCUUCUCCCAUUUUGGUCAGUCACCAUGAGUGGAGAUGUUUGACCUUUUCAGGGAUGCUUUGAGGACAUUCCUAAAGCAUUUCGUGUUGGUGGCUUUGAGUGAUUCGCACCUUUUAUGUCGGGCAUGUUAGUUUGGGGGAAGACAUUGCCAUUGCACAGCCUGCCUUGCCACUGGAUUUGCGAUGCCUGGUGCCAUGGCCUUGGACUUGGAUUUGAGAUCCUGAUCUUUUUCUGAGAAGUUCAAUAAUUGAAGUUGGGAGUGAUUUUGGUUUUGAAUUGAAGGCGGUGUGCCUGAGCCAGUUCCUGGUCGAGUUAAUGGAUCGAAGGGCCAGGAUUGUCAACAACCUGAAUGUUAUCCAAGGACUGCUGGUUUUCUUUUGCUUCUUCUGGUAGAUUCUCUAUAGAAGCUAAUGCCAUCAUUGAUUAUCCUGUUCACUUUGGCACUGCGUUCUGUUUGGAUCAUCCUCUGAAGAUUUCCACUGUCUCUCUUCUAUGAAUUGGAAAGCUCUUGGCAGCUGUUUCCUUGACAACUUUAGGGGGGUGGGGAAGAGAUGUGGUUUUUCAGCAUGUUCUUCAUUAGCUCAUUAACUCUCUAGCUGCAUUGUCUUCAUUGGACAGUUCCUGUCCAUGGAAUGCAAGCAAUUCCACCACAUCAGCUUCAACCACAUCAUCAAAGCCAGCUCCCCUCACCAAGGUGCUUUCAUACUGAACCUUGGACAGUGCUGUGAGAUUCUCUGUGAUCAACGACACAUACAAGACAAAAUUUCCGUCACACACUGUUCUGAUACAAUGAUAUAACUUCAACCUAUAAGUGAUUUAUUGAUGGUGCCAUUGAUGUUGUAGCCAGCCCAAAAAUCCCUGUCCAGUGCCUUCUCACCAUCCUGUUGCUUUGAGUUGAGAGAAGGUAGGCAUUAGAAGUUGCUAUUGCUUCCUGAUCCAUAGGCUGUAUCAAUGAAGUAGUGUUAAGUGGUAGGAAAAUCACCUUCACAUUUCCAGACAAUUCAUCAAGGCUGACAGGUUAUCAUGGUCAAUUAUCCAAGAAGAGCAAUAUCUCAAAAGGUGAUAUUUUUUUCUUGUGCAAUAUGCCCUCCAGGCAGGGAUGGUAUACAGAGAAUCAUUUUUGAAAGAGUGCCUGUGUCAUCUAGCAUUUCUUAUUUGAACGCCAAAAUACCUGUGAUGUCUCGGACUGGUACACCACUAAGGAUUUAACCAUAAAAUCUCCUGCAGCGUUUCCACCAAGCCGAACAGUCUCUAUCUUUUGGCAGUUUCAGAUCCUGGCACCAUCUUCUCCUCUUUGGAAACGUAUAUUUUCUUUGGCAUACGCUUUCAAAAAAGCCCUAUUUCAUUGACAUUUAAAAGCUUGUUUUGGCAAGUAUCUAAUGUUCUUCAACAACUGGCUUCAAAUAAGCAGGGAAUUCAUCAGCUACUUCUGUAUCAGCAAUAGCUGCUCUAUUGGUCAGUAAUGUGUAGAUAGGAAUGCCCCUUGAAAAGCCUGAAACAUCUACAAAUAGCAUUGAAACUUUGAGAACUCUUACCUUCUGGAAAUCUUCACACACGCUUUUGCUUAGAUGACCAUCAAACUAAGAGGCACCUGCUGCAGGUUUUGGCUUCAAUCCAGACUGCCAAGAGUCUUUCUAUAUUCUCCAUACUGUUGCUUCUAGUCCAACUCUCCUUCCCAACCCUUGAAAGGUAUAACAUUUUGCACACUUUAAUUUUUUGUCAGCAUUACUAUGGAUUGUUCUCACUGUUGUUGGGGUAUCCCAAGCACUCUACCAAUAUCGCCUGACAGUUCUCCAACCUCAAGACAUUUUAAAACAUCCAAUUUCACUGCUUGACUGAUAGAUUUUUCUUGUUUUCUAAGCAGCAGACUUGCUACCACCACUGACUGGGCAUUUCUGACUCAUGCUUAAGAGUGAUUCUGAGGGACCACAGCGGGAAAUCACAAGUCUGAAAGAAGGGACUUUAAAAUGGCUGCUCAGUCUCACCUGCCACAGACUUGAAGGGUCAGCUUUUGGGGCUCAAAAUUUAAUCGGACAAUUGCAGAGUCAGCCUCCUGAAGGGUAAUUAAUGUACAGGGUACUGCGUUCUGUAUUUUUCACCCAAACAAGCCCUGCGACAAGAAAAACAAUUUUUUUACCUGUGUACAGUAGCAAAUGCCCCUCUACCUCCUCCAAUAUAAAGCUCCAUAGCAGGCACCUAGGAAUCCGAAAUUGAAAUCAGCUUGCAGAGUCAAGAAAUGAGACUUUACUUCACAGAAAUGAGAAGCCCAGGCUUCAAUUUCUUCCUUGCAAAAAAAAAAACCUGUUUGGAUAUUCUUUCUUCUUCAGAACUUUGCUUCAACAUUUUUUUAAAUUGAAGUUCCCUCGAGCGCAGACAAAGACCUCACUUCAGAAUAGCGCUGAUCAGGUCAUGGGACCCAAGUCAGAUCGACGUUAACAGGAAGACGCACAAUGCUAAAGGGCAACUCUGCCAUUGCAUGCAAACAACGUAAAAACAAAAAUGGCAACACAAAUCGGAAAAACCAGCUCCAAAGAAUAAGGGAUUUUAAAAAGGAAAUCACAUUAAGCUAGGCAAGAACAAGGACAUACUGUAGUGCAAGAAGAGUUCAUAGCAAGUUGGCAACCUGUUUUACACCACACAAUUAUUUUCCAUUAGACAAGGUUUAAAAUGGGCUGCUGAUUUGCCAAGAGCCCUGUUCACGCUACUGGUUUCAUCCCUUUUGGUAAGAAAAUGGAGUUAACUUUUUUUGAACAUUCCUCCAAAAAAACUUUCUCGCUUUCCAAUAGAUGCGGUGAGUGAAAUCUUUCUUCAUUCUGAUUAUACAUUCCUUCCAUCCCUUAAGGAGCUUAACACAUGAUAGGCUCCUUGGUAGUACUGAACUUGAAUAUUGGUGUAAAAGAAAGUCAUGUUGCCAAAGCUUUUCAUUUUGCACUUGAGGACAAGCGCAAAAAUGCUAAAUUUCAAACUAUUGCAACAAUUUAUACUUUAAGAAGAAAGGGUGCUGAUUGGUUGAUUCGGUACUGUUGGAUGUGGCUCUGCAGUUGGGCAGCACUUGUUAACCAAUCCUGAGUGCACUAAUAGCAACACUAACAACCAAUUUAAGAUGAUCAGUCAAGACCAUAACAUGGAUCAUUUACGCUUGCUAGAAGCAAUGUGCAUUCGUACGCAGGUAUGUGUUCUCUGGAAACAAAAGGAAGUAUGUUCGAACAUUGCACCUUUUUUGAAUUAUGUGGGAACUUGGGGAGCCUAUAGUUUCCUGUUGCUUUCUCCACUGCAACAUCUCACUCAGAGUCGACUUGCCAAUCAAUCAGUAUCCCUUUCUCCUGCGAUAUAAAUUGUGGCGACCGUUUGAAAUUUGGCAUUCUUUCAUUUUGUCUCAAAUGCAAAACAAAACUUCAAUAGCAUGCCUCUCUUUUCAGCAUUAAAGUGAUUAGAGAAUAACUACUGUAUGCACCUCAGGUGCAUGGUAGUAGUUUCAGCUAUCCAAUAAAAUCUAUCUUAAUUUGGUCAAUAUUUCGACUUACAAAAUUUGUCAAUUUUAUUAGCCUCUUGUGACUGCCAGAAGUUUACUUAAUUUUACUGCUUUCAUUCUCUUUGCAAAGUACUAAAUGGUUUUCUAUUGAGAACUUUCUUCUAGAUGUGGAGGACAUAUUAAUGAUUAGGGUACUGACAAACUUUUUGUUGUCUUUUUUCAAAAUCCCUAUCUUUUGCUUGUUUACUUAGAAUCACUGGAACUCCAUUUUCACCAUGUAUUGGACUCAUUUUCACCAUGUAUUGGACUAAUUUAUUGGAAUCCGGGAGAAAUCGUGUUACUCCAGAUGUUUUGGAAGGAAAAAAAAUCAUAGCUUUUCACAAUAGAAUAGUAUAGCUGUAUUAUUGUUGGACCCCACCGAUCCAGCAUAAUUUUGUAGUCUAAAUUCUAGAUACGCAUAUUUGUUUAGAAUUCAAAGGGGUGUAGCUUGCAAGAGGUCAGUUGCAAUAUUUUUUAAAAUUAAAACCAUAGUAACUUUAGAAAACUGCAUUGCUUCCAAAAUGUGCUCACGUCAAAAUGAUUGAUUCAUCUGUAUCUUGAAAUCGUUCCCCUUUACUCAAAACCUUCAAGAUAUAUCUCUAACAAGAUUUACUCCCUUCAUAUGUCUUCAGAUUUUUUUAAUGCCCUGGUACUGCACAAUAUUGAUGGAAUUUUAUUUUUUCAGCAUUUAUUGAUUAUGAGCAUUAACAUAAAAUUAAAUUUAUUAAUAUUUUGGGAUAACUUGUGUAGCUUAACAUUUGAUGUAGCACAGGUCCUGGAGUGUCUUGUGGAAAUAUUGAAGGUCAGUAAACACUCCUCAGAAUUCUGCUGGAUAUAGCUCCUCUUAAAAAAAAUCUUGUCCCUGUAGCUUUGAUAUAUUGAGUAGACAACUAUACUGUUUCCAGUGUAUUUAAUACAAUUCUCCUAACAAUGGAAAAACUCUAAUAAAAGGUUAACCAAU